AUGUCCCGGGGAGGCCAGGCUGCAGUCAACGCCCAUCCAAAAAAGGAACGGUGGGUGGCCGCUGUGCUCCAGGAGCCGGGGCCUCCUGGGAUCCUGGGAACCGCAUCUUUGAGCCCCGCCCACAGCCCCGCCCCUCCCCAGGAGGGAAAGGGCAGCUGCCAGUCGCUCAGCUCACAGGCACCGGGCCCCGGCCCAGAGAGCUCACGGGCACUGGGGCCCGGCCCAGAGAGCUCACGGGCACCGGCCCAGAGAACAAGACAGCUUGCUGCCGCCACCACUUCAGGGCAAGCCAUGCACCCCCCUGAGAUGCUCGUCAAGGACCUGUAUGCCCAUGUCAGCAUCCCGAGGGCUCACCUGCGGCCCGAGCUGGGGCAGCAGCUGGACGCGGCUCCAUCCUCCUUGGAGUCUCAGCCUCUGCCCGUGGGGUCCUGCACCCUGGAGCCUACCGAGGAGGCCCCAGGGCCCAAGGGUGCCAAGGGGCCUGCCUCCAUCCAAGGCCAGCAGGCCUGGCAGCAGCCCUGCACCCCCUAUGGCAGUGGGCAGGGCCAGGCAGGACUGACCUACGCUGGCCUGCCGCCGAUGGGGUGUGGCGGCAACACUGCCCACCACUGCUGGUGCUGUGUCAUUUCCUAGCCUGGCCCCUGGGCCGCAGGGCCUGCUGCGCGGCGCCCCCACACGGCAAGCCGGGCCUCUGCUCAGGUGGCCACAGCAGUACCUGGACAGUUGGAACAGCCACUGGCCUGUUGUCAUGGGUGUUGGCUGCUCCCCACCCUGGACAGCGGCACCUACCCACCGAGAAGGCUGGCAGCUCAGCCCCCGCCCCGAAACAGAGCCCUGGGCGUUAGCCAUAAUGGCAGCCCCGGGGACACCCUUGACCACCUCUUCAAGGCCCAGGGCCAGGCAAUAAAGCAGGGCGAGCUUC